AUGACGAGAGUGAUGAAGGAAGAGCUACGACAGCGGCAGCGGCGUUGGAGGAAGAGCUACUAUGACGGGCCGAAUUUCAUUAGUUUUGGAUCUUUACCUCUACUGACACCAUGUAAGAUAGGGGAAAAUGAUGUUGGGGUUAGUGAUGUAAGGGUUAAGGAUGCAGUAGAUACUGAUGAUAAUGGACAAAGGAUUGGAGAGGUUGAUGAUGGGCAUAGUUCUAAUAGUUCUAAUGAUGAAGACUUCAAUUAUGAUAGUGCAAUGGAGGUAGUAUUUGACGAUGACUCUGAUGAGUAUGAAACUAAGUUGGAUGAGGAAGAUGGUAACCUACUUGAAGAUGUUAAUGUAGAAGUAAAAAGCAAAAAAGGUAAAGAAAAGUGGGAAGAAAACAAAGAAGACUUGAAAGGUAGUGAUAAUGAAAGUGAGGAUCUAGAAAGUGAGUGUGACAGUGAUGAUAGCAGUAGAGUUAGGAGAAAGAAGUUUCCAAUAUUCAAGGAACAAAAGGACAUGUCCAAUUACAAGUGGGAGGUGGGAACAUAUUUUACUACAAAAGAUGAUUUCAAAGAAGUAAUUACAUCUUAUGCAGUCCAAUAUGGCAGAGACCUAAGGUACACUAAGAAUGACAAGAUAAGGGUGAGGGUUAGGUGUAAAGAAGGAUGUCAAUGGGAAGCUUACUGUGCUAAGUUGCCUAAUGAGGAUUCUUGGCAACUAAAAAAGAUAAUAGACACUCAUAAUUGCAGUAGAGAGUAUAAUAUGAAGAUGUUGAAGACUAAAUGGUUGAGCAAAAGAAUACAAAAUUCCCUUAAGACCAACCCUAGAAUGAAGUUGAAACACAUAAAGGAAAAGGUUAAAAAGAAGUGGAAUGUGAGGGUCAACAAGACAAAGGCCAUAAGAGCUAGGUUUGCAGCUAGAGACAUGGUUUAUCGGUCUUUCCUUGGGGAUUAUACAAGGAUUUAUGACUAUUGCCAUGAGUUGUUAAGAGCAAACCCAGGUUGA